AUGAAGAUUCUGCCAGGGUACAUCACUGUUGUCGAGGAAAUACAGACAACCAAGUUCACCACCGUGUUGCAGAUAACUGUACGUAUAGUGAAUUUCUGCACGAUCAGGAUCCCUAGCAGUUGUCGUCCCGCCGCCGCCGUCCCCGACACCGGCAAAGCCUCCUCCUUCCCCAACGCUGGCAAGGCAGCCGCCGUCUUCAACGCCGGCAAGGCCGCCUCCCUUGUCCGCAAUCCUCCCUCGUUCGCCGCCCCCAUCGUCUGCCGCCUCCCUCGUCCGCCGCCUCCCUCGACCGCCACCUCCGUCGACCGGUGUGGCAAAGUGCCGCCCCACCCGAAGUCAGGUACUGCGCGUUCUCCGCUGGACCUCCACCUGUCGUUCUCGGCCGCAGCAAGCAAGUCUCUACCAAUGGCCAUGGAUGGCAGUUUAUCCUGGGUUCCUCACGGGAUGGACAAUAGUUCAGCUACUAGAAUUGAUGUCCGUGUGUGUGCGUAUGCUGAAGUUGGUGAUGAUGGUGCAAAAAAUUGGCAUUCAACUAGGAACGCGUUGAAAGUUCUAGACAGAGAUUGUGUCAAUUUCAAAGAUUUCAGUGAAGAACUUGAUGAAGAAAUAAAACAUGGGCUCAAUCAGAAGCUGUUAAUCACUUUUUGGGAUAAAAUUAGCAAUUCUUUUGCAGAAAUCAACCAUGACACUUCGUUAUCGACUGCGAUAGAUAUGUAUUGGGAUGAAAGGAGGCUUCCUAUAAUGGUAUCUAUUGUUUGCAAAGGGGAUAUCAGUACAGCUGUUUGUGGGCCACACCUAGCAGCCCCUCUAAAUCAAACUGAUAAGCAGCAACAGCAGAAGCCUACUGACAAUGAAAAUGACUCUAUUCAUAGUGAGCAUGAGUCUUCCAGCAGCGAGGAACCACCUGUUUUUGAUGAUUGGGUUGAUGCAGAUGUUGAGUACGUUGGUGUAGAUGAUGAAUGUGUAUACAAAGAGUUGCUCUCCGACUCCGAUAAAUGUAUCUUAGAUGAUGGGCAUGAUUCUGAUGACUCAUUUCAAGAUGACCUUGUUGUGGAUGACAUGGUUGGAUGUGAGACCAUUGUCCAUGUGACUGAUUUUGAGAACCCCAAAAUUGAAGUCAGUGUCACAUUUGAAGAUGGUAAAUCGUUCAAGAAGGCUAUUAGGCAAUAUGUAGUAAAGGGUGAAUAUGAAAUUGCAGCUCCAUAUUCUGAAGCAACAAGGUACAGGGGACACUGCAAAGCUAAGAGGUGCAAGUGGAGGAUACAUGCAAGCCAACUUUCAGAUGGCAGGACUUGGCAGAUAAAGAAGAUGCCAAGGGAACACAAUUGUGAAAGCACAGGGACAGUGGAGAAGAAUUGCAUGGCAAAUAACCAUUGGGUAUGUGACAGGGUAAUGGAGUGGCUGUCAAAGGAUGCUACCAUCGGGCCUACUGAGCUUCGGAAGAAAUUAGAAGAGAAAUACAAAAUCAAGAUAUCAAACUGGGUUGUCUAGGAUGGAAAAGAAAUGGCUCUAAAGAAGCUCCAAGGAGAUUGGGAUGCUAGCUUUGAGGAUGCUUUUAGCUUCAAAGUUGAGUUGGAGAGGACAAAUCCGGGGAGCAUAGUGGACAUUGAGUUCGAGAAGGAUGGAGAAGACAAGCAUAGGUUCACUAGGAUGUUUGUUGCCUUGCGUGCAUGUGUUGAUGGGUUUCUCUAUGGUUGCAGACCAUAUCUCGGCGUGUGAUACGUCUCCGACGUAUCGAUAAUUUCUUAUGUUCCAUGCCACA